AGUGUUAACAUUCGGAACCGGGGCAACGUUCGGAGAUCGAACGCCGCCGCCGCCGCCGCCGCCAUCGGGCAGCGUCGCCAGAGAAGCAGGCGGCGUCCUCCUCCCUCCCUCCCUCCUCCUCUCUCUCUCUCCCCCCUCCUUUCCCCUCCCCACCCCCCCCGGUCUCGGCUGUUUCCCGGGCUUGCGUGGAUCGCGCCGCUCAACUGAAAUGAAUGGCUGAGAGGGGCGGGGGCUAAAAGGAGGCGGUGGAAGAGGCGGCGGCGGCGGCGGCAGGAGCGGCAGCCGCGGCGGCGAAGAAGGAAGGAAGGAAGGAGGAGGAGGAGGAGGAUCUUUUCGCUCGCUUCCAUCCCUGGGGCCAUACAGGCAGCGAGAUCGCAGGAAAGCGUGCGGAAGCCCAGGCUCGUCAUGCUUUGCAGCCGGUGCUGAAGGCACCGAAAGAAAGAAAGAAAGAAGGAAAGAAAGAGACAGAGAAGAGAGAGAGAGAGAAAUGCAGGGAUUCGUAAGGUUACGGUGCUGGGGCCGGAAGAUGUAAUCCCGGCGGUUGCUCUUGUCUCAGCGAGCCCAGGCAAGCCUGCAUUCAACGGAUUCUCGCUCGCCGCUCUCGUCGCCGACUUCUUGGGGGAGAAAAAAAAAAGCCGGGCGCUUAUUUAAGCGGACUGACUGACCGAUCGACCGGCUUGGCUUUGGCUUGCCUGUCUUCUUCCUUCCCCUCUGUUGUUGUGGUGGUUUGUUUGUUUGCGUUUGUGAUCUUCCAGGGGGAUGUUUUGCCCGACUUGAAGUUGCUGCUUUGCUCUCUCUGGUGUGCGUGUGGUGUUUGUGUGUGUGUGUGGAGUGUGUAACGCGUGUGCAGGCGAAAGAAGAGAGAGAGAGAGAGAGGAGAGGGCGGGACGGAUUUCUCGGUCUGGCACCCGCAGAUUGGAGAGCCGGAGCCCGGGACUCGACGGCUUCUCUCUCUCUCUCUUUCUCUCUCUCUCUCUUUUUUCUUUUAGGUUCAGAGAGCCGCCGCUGUCUUUGUCUUCUCUUCCUCCUCUUUGCAUUGCGAGCCAAUUCCCAGCCUCUUUUUUUUUUUGGGUGGAAAGCCACGCUGGGCGGGCUUCGCUUCUUUUGCCCCGGUUUCUCAUCCUCGCCUUCUUUUUUUUCCUCCCUGCCUUUUUAAGCCCCCCCACCUCGCCCCUCUCCUCCUUCCCUCGCUCCCUCCAUUUUCCUUCGUUUCUCUAUCCAACACCCCCACCCCACCCCCCAAAAAACCCCACUCCUCUCUUCCCCAACCACCACCACCCCACCACCACCUUCCUCCCAGGGCGAGCUCCCGAAGAUGAAAGACCAGAGGGGAGAAAGUUAACGAAAUCGCCCACAUGCGCUGCAUCAGCCCGAGCUUUUGGGAAAGGAAAUCCGAGAAGGUGGGAGAAGAGAGUUUAAAGUCUUGGCAGGCGGGAAAAUGGCGGACUCAAGCUGAAAGUGUCACUUGGCGAAGUUGGGCGAGCUUUGUGUUCAUCGUCGACGAUCCCCUUGACCCAGAUAGGACACAUGCAGGCCAAAAAACGCUACUUCACCCUCCUCUCGGCUGGCACUUUCGUCGUCCUUCUCUUCUACUUCGGCGGCUUGCAGUUCAGAGCAUCCAGGAGCCAAAGCAGGCGAGAGGCGCGCAGUAGCAGCAGCAGCAGCGGCAAGAAUGGCUUGCAGCGCCCCGAACGCUACUGGCCCCGAUUCCCGGACGCCCUGCGCCCUUUCCUGCCUUGGGAUCAGCUGGAGAGCGAGGAUUACAACCGGCACGCUUCCCCUCGCCAGAAGCGCGACGCCAACGCCGGCGUGUACAAGGGCAAGAAGUGCCGCAUGGAGUCCUGCUUCGAUUUCGCCCUUUGCAAAAAAAACGGCUUCAAGGUCUACGUCUACCCGCAACAGAAAGGGGAGAAGAUCGCCGAGAGUUACCAAAACAUCCUGGCCGCCAUCGAAGGCUCCCGCUUUUAUACUUCGGACCCCAGCCAAGCUUGCCUCUUCGUCCUCGGCUUGGACACCUUAGACCGAGACCAGCUCUCCCCUCAGUACGUGCACAACCUGCGCUCCAAAGUGCAAAGCCUCCAUUUGUGGAACAACGGGAGGAAUCAUUUAGUUUUUAACUUAUAUUCCGGCACCUGGCCUGACUACACCGAGGACGUGGGCUUCGACAUUGGCCAGGCCAUGCUGGCCAAGGCCAGCAUCAGUACGGAAAACUUCCGGCCCAAGUUUGACGUCUCCAUCCCUCUUUUUUCUAAAGAUCACCCAAGGACAGGAGGCGAGAGAGGCUUCUUGAAGUUUAACACCAUCCCCCCUCUGAGGAAGUAUAUGUUGGUGUUCAAGGGGAAAAGGUACCUAACUGGGAUAGGAUCAGACACCAGGAAUGCCUUAUAUCAUGUCCAUAAUGGGGAAGAUGUUGUCCUGUUGACUACCUGCAAGCAUGGCAAAGAUUGGCAGAAGCACAAGGAUGCUCGGUGUGAUAGGGACAACGCCGAGUAUGAAAAAUAUGAUUAUCGUGAAAUGCUGCACAAUGCCACUUUCUGUCUGGUCCCUCGUGGCCGGAGGCUUGGAUCCUUCAGGUUCUUGGAGGCCCUGCAGGCUGCCUGUAUUCCUGUGAUGCUCAGCAACGGAUGGGAACUUCCAUUCUCCGAGGUGAUUAAUUGGAAUCAAGCUGCCGUCAUAGGAGAUGAGAGAUUGUUAUUACAGAUCCCUUCUACAAUCAGGUCUAUCCAUCAGGAUAAAAUCCUAGCACUUAGACAGCAGACACAGUUCUUGUGGGAGGCUUAUUUUUCUUCAGUUGAGAAGAUUGUAUUGACCACAUUAGAGAUUAUUCAAGACAGAAUAUUUAAGCACAUAUCCCGUAACAGUUUAAUAUGGAACAAACACCCAGGGGGCUUGUUUGUACUGCCACAGUAUUCAUCAUAUCUGGGAGAUUUCCCAUACUAUUAUGCUAACCUAGGAGUCAAGGCCCCAUCCAAAUUCACCGCCGUCAUCCAUGCAGUUACUCCUCUGGUGUCCCAAUCUCAACCUGUGCUGAAACUCCUGGUUGCAGUCGCCAAAUCCCAGCACUGUGCUCAGAUCAUUGUCUUAUGGAAUUGUGAUAAGCCCCUCCCUGCCAAGCAUCGCUGGCCUGCCACUGCUGUGCCUGUCAUUGUUAUCGAAGGAGAAAGCAAGGUGAUGAGCAGUCGCUUCCUGCCCUAUGAGAACAUUGUCACAGAUGCUGUUCUAAGCCUCGACGAAGAUACGGUGCUUUCAACCACUGAGGUGGAUUUUGCCUUCACUGUCUGGCAGAGUUUCCCAGAGAGGAUUGUAGGUUAUCCUGCCCGCAGCCACUUUUGGGAUAACACGAAGGAGAGGUGGGGCUACACAUCGAAAUGGACUAAUGACUAUUCCAUGGUAUUGAGUGGAGCUGCUAUUUACCACAAAUAUUAUCACUACCUGUACACUCAUUACCUGCCUGCUAGUCUGAAGAACGUGGUGGACCAACUCGCGAAUUGUGAAGACAUUUUAAUGAACUUUUUGGUGUCCGCUGUGACAAAAUUGCCUCCCAUCAAAGUAACACAGAAAAAACAGUACAAGGAAACCAUGAUGGGACAGACUUCCAGAGCUUCUCGGUGGGCUGAUCCAGAUCAUUUUGCUCAGAGGCAAAGCUGCAUGAACACUUUUGCCAGCUGGUUUGGCUAUAUGCCGCUGAUCCAUUCUCAGAUGAGGCUCGAUCCCGUGCUCUUUAAAGAUCAGGUCUCCAUCCUGAGGAAGAAAUAUCGAGACAUUGAACGACUUUGAGGAGCCCAGCUGAGGGUGGGGUGGGGUGGGAGUGAGAACUGGAUGGUUCCCCUAGCCCAGCGCAGAGCCACACAGAUCCUCGAGUCAGACCGUGCCAAGAGCAACUCAACCCAAAAAAAAAAUUGCGACAUGCCAAUGUAGUAGCCAAGUAGCUCUGGACCCAAAGGGAAAUUGGGAUUUGCGCUGGACUGCUUUGAAACACCCCUCGACAGGCUGCAGGUCCCUCAAGACUAAGUUGUGUACAGUUUCAUUAUGGAACAUUAAAUAAUUAUUUUUUGAAAUGA